UGUUGCUCUCAUUUUAGGAGUACAUCGUUUAUAUCGUCGUCUUACCUCUCAAUCACUUCUAGAUUUAGUAGCACUUCCUCAAUCUACAGCAGCAAUUUCAACAGUUCAACAACCUCUCUGCUUCUUCAACUACUACCCUCUUUUUCCAUCACCCCAACAAAUCUGCAUUGUCUUUCUUAGCCCGCUUGAUUUUUUUAGAAAAAUUUGGAUUGGGUUUUAGAGAUCUCUAAUUUGUCUUGGGUUUUGAUCAGCAAACAUGGAUGCUUUUUUGGUUUGCAAAUCUAUUACUGCUCCAUCCUCUACACCUGGCUUAUGGAUGAGGCAGAACAAGCAAAUCUGGACAGCUCCGUCUAGUUUGGUGGUGGGGAGCAGGGUGAAUUUUCCUGGCCAAGCAGCUAAGGUAUUAAAGAUAAACCGAAAGUCAAAGAAAUGUGGCGGGGCUCUUGCUGCAACUUGUCGUGGUGAUAAAAUUUUGGUAGCAAACAGAGGUGAAAUUGCAGUUCGUGUGAUUCGAACUGCUCAUGAAAUGGGUAUUCCUUGUGUUGCUGUCUAUUCAACCAUAGACAAGGAUGCACUCCAUGUCAAACUGGCUGAUGAAUCGGUUUGUAUUGGUGAAGCUCCAAGUAACCAAUCAUACUUGGUGAUCCCCAAUGUUCUAUCAGCUGCUGUGAGCCGAGGAUGCAGUAUGUUGCAUCCUGGAUAUGGCUUUCUUGCUGAGAAUGCUGUCUUUGUUGAGAUGUGUAGAGAACAUGGCAUAAAUUUUAUUGGACCUAAUCCAGACAGCAUUCGUGUUAUGGGUGACAAGUCUACUGCUAGAGAUACUAUGAAAAAAGCUGGUGUUCCAACUGUUCCAGGAAGUGAUGGAUUGUUACAGAGCACAGAGGAAGCUAUUAAGCUUGCUCACGAGAUUGGCUUCCCUGUUAUGAUUAAGGCAACCGCUGGAGGUGGAGGACGUGGGAUGCGUCUUGCUAAGGAACCAGAUGAAUUUGUAAAGUUGCUUCAGCAAGCUAAGAGUGAGGCUGCAGCUGCAUUCGGAAAUGAUGGAGUUUAUUUGGAAAAGUUUGUACAAAAUCCAAGGCAUAUUGAAUUUCAGGUUCUUGCUGAUAAAUAUGGGAAUGUUGUUCACUUUGGAGAGCGUGAUUGCAGUAUUCAGAGAAGGAACCAAAAGCUGCUUGAAGAAGCACCUUCUCCUGCCUUGACUCCAGAGAUAAGGAAAGCCAUGGGCGAUGCUGCUGUAGCUGCAGCAGCAUCAAUUGGUUACAUUGGUGUAGGAACAGUGGAGUUCCUUUUGGAUGAAAGAGGUUCUUUCUACUUCAUGGAGAUGAACACCCGGAUCCAGGUUGAGCAUCCAGUGACGGAAAUGAUAUCAUCAGUUGACUUAAUCGAGGAGCAAAUUCGAGUAGCCAUGGGUGAAAAGCUCCGCUACAAACAGGAAGAUAUAGUGCUUAAAGGUCAUUCAAUUGAGUGUCGAAUUAAUGCAGAAGACGCAUUCAAAGGUUUUCGACCUGGGCCUGGGAAGGUAACGAGUUACUUGCCUGCUGGAGGACCAUUUGUGAGGAUGGAUAGCCAUGUUUAUCCAGGUUAUGUUGUUCCACCAAGUUAUGAUUCUCUACUUGGCAAGCUAAUUGUUUGGGCGCCAACUCGAGAGAAAGCCAUUGCUCGUAUGAAGAGGGCCCUUGAUGAUACAAUUAUUACAGGGGUACCAACAACUAUCGACUACCACAAACUCAUUCUUGAUAUCGAGGACUUCAAAAAUGGGAAAGUGGAUACUGCAUUCAUUCCUAAACAUGAACAAGAAUUGGCUGAGCCCCAAAACAUUGCUCGUGCAACUCCUGGCAAAGAACUGGUUGGUGCUACUGCAUAGAUACGAUACGGCUUUGAUUAGGCACACAUGGCACUUUUCAUUCGAUCUAAACGAAUUACUUUCUCCUUACUGAUGCAAUGGAGAGAGGCCUCAAAUUCAGCUGGAAAAUUCCGGCUGAGUUGCAACAAUCAGUUUCCCCUCGCAGAAUCGAAGGGCCGAAAAAGAUCAUUUUUUAUGGAUAGGUUCUAUAAAUUGUUAGUAAAGCCAAACUAAUCGCAUUGCUAGAUUACAUUUUCAGGCAGAUGACAGAGGUCCUGAUUAAUUUUAAGGUUUAUUUAUUUAUAAUUGGUUUUUAUGGUUCGCCUUU